AUGGCAACACUACAAUUGAGUAAAUCACCAACACCACCAUUGCCUAAGACAAAGGGCAUAGUGUCAAUUCUUGGAUCAGAUACUCAAAGAUGCAAAUCAAAUGCAACCUCUAUUAGAAGAACAUUUUCAGCUGAUAUGUCAUCCAAACAAUGGCUUACACAAAAUGGUUUCUUCUCUCCAAUCAAAAAGAUUGCUUCAUCUAAAGAUCUUGCUCUUUCAACCUCCUAUGAGGAGGAAGAAGAAGAAGAGGAGCUCGAAAGGCGAAAAACAUCAUUUAAUGUUUGGAGUUCAAUUUUGUCACAAAAGAAAAAUGAUGAUCUUCAAAUUCCAUAUAUUCACCCUCUUGUUAAAAUAUCAACAAGUUCUUUGAGUGAAAAAAGUCUUGAAAUUUGUACUGAAAAUAUUGGAUCAGAGAAUGGUUCUGAUGGUUUUUCCUCCUACACUCCUUCUGAGAAUGGAGAUGUAGACGAGGAAAAACACGAUCAUCACCACCAAUACUGCUCGCGAUUCAUUGAGGAAUUGCGAGUAGUAAAGUAUAAUAAUAGCAAGAGAUCAUCAUCAUAUUUUCCUCCUCCAAUUACUUCCUUGGCUAGAGGUGACAACAAGCCUUCUAUUCAAAUGCAAUCUCGACGCCAAGAUGGUAGAUUGAUUCUUGAAGCUGUUUUUAUUCCUCCUCGAAAUCAUUUCCAUGCCCAUCGCCUUGAUGGUCGUCUUCUUCUAACCUUAGUUGAUAAUAGUACUUCCACUUCAUCAUUAGAACAAGAGAUGGAGGAUUAUGGUGAAGAAUUUGAUGAAUUUUUCGAUGAUACUGAUGAUCAUACACCUCAAAACGAUUAUAUAAGUGAUGAUUGUCUUGAAGAAGAAGAAGAAAAUGGGAUCAUUGUGAUGGAACAGAAUCCAAGAUUGUCAAGUGGGGUAAUAAAUAUGAUGAGGUUGUUAGAUUCUCCUAUCGAAAUAAGGGAAAAGUCAAUUCAAUUCCCAAUGGAAACAAAAUUUCCCAAAUUCUCCCUCGAACUGAAAGAUCAUUUGGGGCUAGGAAACAAGACUUGUGUAACAUGGUCUAACAAGUUCAAUAAAAUUGUCAACUUGACAGGUUCUAUGGAUUCAACUGAACUAACUGAUCAGGAGGUAAGUCGGAUAAUCUCAGUUCCUCAGUCGACCACGGCCUCUUUCAAUGCCUAUGAGUACUUUUGGAGGAAGAAGCCUACAAUAGCAAGCAUUGUCAACACUCCCACAAUUGCACAAGAAUGCAACAACUAUACCACUAAGCAAGUUGUUGUUGCAUCAAAUAGUACUACUCCCAACGCCAAGGGUACAACAAAAGUAGCAGCAUAUAUAAAUUAUUUGGUACCUUUGCAAAGUGGAUGCAAAGAGCCAAAAAGGUCUUUACUAAUUUGGGAGCCUUACUGUAUUGCUACCUCUUGA